AUGGAUGUAACCAAGAAGAACAAACGAGAUGGCACUGAAGUCACUGAAAGAUUUAUCACGGAAACAAUAACUACAAGACUUACGUCCUUACCACCAAAAGGGGGCACCAGCAACGGCUAUGCUAAGACAGGUUCUCUUGGUGGAGGGAGCCGGCUGGAGAAACAGAGCCUGAUGCAUGGCAGCAGCGGCUACAUAAACUCUAGUGGGAGCACACGAGGCAAUGCCUCUACCUCCAGUUACAGGAGGACCCCUGGUGAGUUGGCCUCCACUCUGCCCAACUCACCAGGCUCAACCUUUGAGAGAAAAACUCGUGUCACCCACCAUGGAACAUACGAAGGGAGCUCCAGCGGCAACUCUUCCCCUGAGUACCCUCGGAAGGAAUUUGCAUCUGUUUCAACCAGAGGACGGAGCCAAACACGAGAGAGCGAGAUCCGAGUUCGACUGCAGAGUGCAUCCCCAUCUACCCGAUGGACGGAAUUGGAUGAUGUCAAGCGUUUGGUCAAGGGAAGCCGAUCAGCAAGCGUGAGCCCCACCCGGAAUUCCUCUAACACACUCCCCAUCCCCAAGAAAGGCACCGUGGAGGCCAAAUUGGUGACAGCGAGCUCCCAGUCAGUGUCCGGCACCUAUGACACAACCAUCCUGGAUGCCAACCUUCCCUCCCACAUGUGGUCCUCCACGCUGCCGGCAGGGUCCUCCAUGGGCACCUACCACAACAACAUCACAGCCCAGAGCUCAUCCCUCCUCAACACCAAUGCCUAUUCUGCAGGAUCAGUCUUUGGAGUUCCAAAUAACAUGGCCUCCAGCUCCCCAGCUCUGCAGCCUGGAAUCAGCACCAGCUCCUCAGUGUUUGGCAUGCAGAACAACCUGGCCCCCAGUUCACCCGCCCUGUCCCAUGGCAUGGCCACCACCUCCACAGCAUAUGGUGUGAAGAAAAACAUGCCCCAGAGCCCUGCCGUUGUGAGCACUGGGGUGUCCACCUCCACAGCCAGUACCACAGGUGUCCAGAACAAUGACCUCUUGCACAAGGACUGUAAAUUCCUGAUCCUGGAGAAAGACAACACACCUGCAAAGAAGGAGAUGGAGCUGCUGAUCAUGUCCAAGGACAGCGGAAAGGUCUUCACCGCCUCCCCCGCCAGUGUCACUGCAACUUCUUUUUCAGAGGACACCCUAAAAAAGGAAAAGCAAGCUGCAUACACCACCGACACCUACCUAAUGUCAGAAGCUAAUGGAGACGUGAAGACCGUGUCUGCAAAGGGCAAGGCCGCCUCUGCAGACUUCUACGGCUACAACCGCCACCGUGGGGGCGGCAGUAGCAGCGGCAGGGGCGCUGGCAGCGGGGUCUCCGGUGGAGGCGGCAAGGGCUCGUGGGGGGUAGCGCCAGCCUGGUGCCCCUGCGGCUCCUGCUGUAGCUGGUGGAAGUGGCUGCUAGGCCUGCUUCUCACCUGGCUGCUGCUCCUGGGGCUGCUCUUUGGCCUCAUCGCUCUGGCCGAGGAGGUGAGGAACCUGAAAGCACGUGUGGACGAGCUGGAGAAGGUCAGGAGCAGCGUGCUGCUUUACAACGAGAAGAUGGAGCGGAGCAGCCAGGACUCCAAGCAGGGUGUCGCACCGAGGCUGGGGGAAGGUGUCGGGAAAUCUGGGCUUGAUGGCUACAGUCAAGAAGACCUCUGGCAAUUCAUGAGGGGCAAGCUGAUGGCAGAACAGGAAAACGGAAAUCUCCGAGGAAGCCCUGGCCCUAAAGGUGACAUGGGAAGUCAAGGCCCUAAAGGAGAUCGAGGGUUCCCUGGGACUCCAGGUAUCCCUGGGCCCUUGGGCCACCAAGGUCCGGAGGGACCAAAGGGACAAAAAGGCAGCGUGGGAGAGCCUGGCAUGGAGGGACCCAUGGGCCAGAGAGGGCGAGAAGGCCCCAUGGGACCUCGCGGUGAACCAGGGCCUCCUGGGUUUGGAGAGAAAGGAGACAGAGGGGAUGCUGGUCAACCGGGCAUUCAAGGCCCACCUGGUGUCCCAGGUUCUGUGGGUCCCAAAGGUUCUAGCGGUUUUCCUGGCCCACAGGGUCCCCCAGGCUCUGUAGGUCGCCAAGGGCUCCGAGGUGAAGUGGGACUCCCUGGCAUCAAAGGUGACAAAGGACCUAUGGGACCACCAGGACCCAAAGGUGACCAGGGUGAGAAAGGACCCCGAGGCCUCACAGGCGAGCCCGGCUUGAAAGGUUUACCUGGUGCUGUGGGCGAGCCCGGGCCUAAAGGAGCAAUGGGACAAGCUGGCCCCGACGGACACCAAGGCCCAAGAGGGGAACAAGGUCUUCCAGGGAUGCCCGGCAUCCGGGGCUUACCAGGACCUUCUGGAGACCCAGGAAAGCCAGGUCUCACAGGACCCCAAGGACCUCAGGGACUUCCUGGUACCCCCGGCCGACCAGGGGCUAAAGGUGAACCGGGAGCUCCAGGCAGGAUCGUGACUUCAGAGGGAUCAUCGACUCUCACUGUCCCAGGUCCCCCGGGACCUCCUGGAGCCAUGGGACCUCCAGGACCUCCAGGUGCCUCAGGCCCCACUGGCCCAGCUGGUCUCCCAGGACAGCAAGAGGGUCUUGAUUUGCGAGGUCCCCCAGGCCCACCUGGACCACCUGGGCCACCAGGACCAUCCAUUCCAGGACCCCCAGGACCUCGAGGCCCAGCAGGGGAAGGCUUGCCAGGCCCACCAGGCCCACCAGGAUCUCUUCUGACCAGCUCAGAGACCUUCUCCGGCCCUCCAGGCCCACCUGGCCCCCCAGGCCCCAAGGGAGAGCAAGGUGCCCCAGGCCCCCGAGGACACCAAGGCGAGCGAGGCCUCCCAGGGUUCUCAGCCUCAGGCUCCAGUUCUCUCGGGCUCGACCUACAAGGACCGCCAGGCCCACCCGGCCCUCGGGGACCCAAGGGUGACAGAGGUGAUCCCGGAGUCCCAGGGGCUCCCGGCCUUCCCAGUGGCCCCUCUCGAGGGGGAUCGUCAUCGAGCACCAUGUUCAUGCAGGGCCCGCCAGGCCCACCAGGGCCCCCCGGGCCUCCAGGCUCCAUCAGCAGCUCGGGCCUGGAGAUUCAGCAGUACGUCUCUGACUACAUGCAGAGUGACAGUAUCAGGUCUUAUCUAUCUGGAGUUCAGGGUCCCCCAGGCCCACCUGGUCCCCCCGGGCCUGUCACCACCAUCACGGGGGAGACUUUCAACUACUCAGAGCUGGCCAGCCUCGUCGUGAGCUACUUACAGACUUCGGGGUACAGCAUCAGCACGUCCUCCACCUCCAUCUCUUCACAAGACAUCCUGGCUGUGCUCCAGCGGGAUGACGUGCGUCAGUAUCUACAGCAGUACCUGAUGGGCCCUCGGGGUCCCCCAGGGCCACCAGGAGCCAGUGGAGGUUGGUCCCUCCAGUCUUUGGACUACGCAGAGCUGAGCAGCCGCGUCCUCAGCUACAUGUCCAGCUCCGGAGUCAGCAUUGGGCUUCCUGGCCCCCCAGGGCCCCCAGGCUUGCCGGGAACAUCCUACGAGGAGCUCCUGUCCUUGCUCCAAGGGUCUGAAUUCAGAGGCAUUGUUGGGCCCCCAGGUCCCCCUGGGCCACCAGGGCUCCCAGGCAGCGCGUGGUCCAGCAUCAGCAUAGAGGACCUCUCAUCCUACCUGCAGACUGCUGGCUUGUCAUCCAUCCCAGGCCCUCCUGGUCCCCCUGGCCCCCCAGGCCCUCGAGGGCCCCCGGGUGUCUCAGGAGCUCUGGUGACAUACGCAGCUGAAAACAGCGACAACUUCCGGAGUGAGCUGAUCAGCUACCUCACAAGUCCUGACGUGCGCAGCUUCAUCGUCGGCCCGCCGGGUCCUCCCGGGCCCCAGGGUCCCCCCGGGGACAGCCGCCUGGUGUCCACGGACAGUUCCUACAGCCGGGGCGGCAGCUCCUCUUCUCUCGGUCGGGCCUCUUCCUACAGCUCCUCCACGGGCAUAGGAGGAGCCAGCGGAGGGUCCCUGGGCGAAGGGGGAGCCUUUGGCCUGGACACGGGCCUGGGCCGAGGCUAUGGGGCAGCGGCAGAAGGCGGCACGUAUGGCGGUGACGGCGGCUUCGGGGCCAGCUUUGCUGGAGGUCUGGAUUACAACGAGCUGGCCGUCCGGGUGUCUGAAAGCUUGCAGCGUCAGGGCCUGCUCCAAGGGAUGGCCUACACUGUGCGGGGCCCACCAGGCAGGCCUGGGCCCCAGGGGCCCCCUGGCAUCAGCAAGGUCUUCUCCGCCUACAGCAACGUGACCGAGGACCUCAUGGACUUUUUCAGAACCUAUGGAGCCAUCCCAGGACCCCCUGGGCAGAAGGGCGAGAUGGGCACCCCUGGCCCCAAAGGUGAGAAGGGCCCUGCUGGGCCACCAGGUCAGCCUGGGCCACCCGGCCCUCGAGGACACAAGGGAGAAAAAGGAGACAAAGGUGACCAAGUCUAUGCUGGCCGGAGAAGGAGAAGCAUCGCUGUCAAGCCAUGAGCGACCCUUGGCAGAACAGCCGCCUGGACCAGUUGUUGCAGUGGCUUAUGGCGCUUAUGUCAAGACCUCUCCAGAGGGUACAAGCUGGAAUCUCACUGUCCUACUGAGGCAGCACAGCAAAUAGUCAACUAGAACCUUCUCUUAGUCUGGAGCAAAAUAUAUGUACGUAGAAUUCAGUCCAAGGUACACAGUCCGAAACAGCUUCACGGGGUAGACUCAACAGUGGCCGCACGCAGUGUGGUAGGAUGAAGCUGGCCUCCCUGCUGUCCAGGCCUGAGCUCCUCGGCUUCUUUAACACUGAGUUCAAGCCCCAGCCUAGGAAAGCCAGGUACCUAAAAGUUGUUACAGGAGCCCUUGAGCUUCACCUUAAAAAUGAGCCCAGAAAAUGGAAGAUGGGAUGGGGGUGCCUUCCUGGGAGCCACUCGAUGGGACUGUUCUGGUCAACGCUGCAAGGCUGUGCUCUCAGCUCCUUUCUCCUCUCUUCACUCUGCAUUCUCUAGUCAUAGAAAAAAACUCUCUCAGCUGAAAAACUUAAGAAAUCCACUUCCCCUGAAGGUGGUGACAGGGUUUCUACUAGUUAUUUCUCACUAUGUAUCACAUUCCCACUUAGGAAGUUUGUUUGAUUGCAGCUAUGAUCUGUCUCCAUAGGUCCACGCUAGAGUUGAUAGUAUGUUAACACUGAACUAGGUUGCAGCCGAUAGGAAGAGAAAGGCCGGGGUCAAGGAGGAAAGAAGGCGGUGCGGGGGAGAGCAGACUGCCCGACACCGGAAGCCGGCACCCCUGCUCUGCACUUAGGAAACGCAUGGGGGACUGGGCGCAGUUGGUUUUAUUGCACUUUUCAAUGUCUACAAACAUUCAUGUGGUCUAUUAGAUGAGUCAUUUCAAUUGCAAAAUUUCCAA